AACACCCCAACGCUGGUCGCUCGGCUCAGUGUUGACUUACAAUCCUCGAAGACCGGACACUUGCAAAAUGGCCAAAGAUCUCGUAGUCCUCGCAUAUUCCGGCGGCCUGGAUACUAGCUGCAUCUUGAAAUGGUUGAUCCAAAAAAAUUAUGAUGUAGUGUGUUAUAUGGCUGACAUCGGCCAAGACGAGGAUUUCGGAAAAGCAAAACAAAAGGCAAAAGCCAUUGGAGCUAAGGAUGUGAUCGUGGAAGACCUUCGCAAAGAAUUUGUGACUAACUACAUGCUCCCGGCCAUCCAAAUGGGGCUAGUGUACGAAAGCCGUUACUAUCUGGGCACCUCCCUGGCCCGCCCGUGCAUUUCUGUGGGCAUUGUCAACGCCGCUAAGAAGCUGGGCGCGAAAUACGUCUCUCACGGCGCCACGGGAAAGGGGAACGAUCAAGUUCGUUUCGAAUUGAGUGUGUAUUCCCUCUGGCCGGAGUGCAAGAUUAUCGCUCCGUGGCGUUUACCAGAAUUCUAUGAGAGGUUCCAAGGGCGCAGUGACCUUAUAGAAUUCGCUAAGAAGGAAAACAUUCCCGUCUCUGCUACGCCUAAAGAGCCUUGGUCUACCGACGAGAACAUCAUGCAUAUAAGCUAUGAAUCAGGGGUUCUAGAGGACCCGUCAGCCAUCCCUCCCAACGGCAUUUAUAAGAUGACUAGAGACCUCCAGCAGACGGAAGACUACCCAUGCAACAUUGACAUCAGUUUUGACAAAGGUGUCCCGAUCUCCGCCACUAUACCCAGCGGUCACGAGAAGGCCCUGGUAGUGAGCGAUCCCUUGGCUCUGGUCGAAACCCUGAACAAGCUGGGUGGACAACAUGGCAUCGGCCGGAUUGACAUCGUCGAAAAUAGAUUCCUUGGCUUAAAGUCUCGAGGGUUAUACGAAACACCGGCUGGCACAAUCUUACACGCUGCUCACCUGGAUCUCGAAGCUUACUCUCUCGACAGAGAGGUACUAAGGUUAAAGAAAUACCUCCAAGACAAGAUGGCCGACUUCGUUUAUAACGGCUUUUGGUUUUCACCUGAAGCGACUUACACUUCGCGGUGUCUGCAGAUGUCACAAGAGACCGUAACCGGCACGGUCACCGUCAGGCUGUUCAAAGGAAAUGUGAGAAUACUAGCCCGCAAGAGUGCAACCAGCCUGUAUAAUAAAGAGUUGGUUUCAAUGGACGUCGCCGGCGGAUUCUCUCCGUGCGACAGUACCGGCUUUAUCAACAUAAACGCCUUGAGAUUAAAGGAAUACUCUCGGUUUACCGCCCAAACUAAACUUUAACCGCACGAAUACCGCACCACGCAACGAAAUAUAUGUGUACAUUGAAAAAUCAAAUCGUUCACCACAUUUAAUUAAUAAAUAACAUACAGAACA